UAGAGAAGAAAGAGAAAGAAGGGUUACGUAGAUCUCUGGCCCACAUGCCCCAACGACAAAAAGUCCCCCCCGGUAAGAAGUAACAGUCAGUACGUCCUUACCUUCCCGUCCGUUCGUCCGGCUCAGUAUAUAUAAAGAAACUCUUCAUUCAGUCGAAGAGCCAGCAAAAUUGAUUUUGUCAAUUUCAAUAACGAUUUCUCUCAUCGAUAGAAAAAGGGAUUGUUGUGGAUUUUGAUAGAAAAAAAAAAAAGAUAACCCAAUUCUGUAAAUGGAUUGUUGGUCUUCACCUCCCGCUGUUCAUGAUGAAUUUGAGAAGAUGGUUCUCCGUGUUAAUGCGCCGAGGGUUACUGUUGAUAAUGUCUCAAACAACAAAGCUACUUUAAUCAAGGUUGAUAGUGCAAAUAAGAGAGGAAGUUUGCUUGAUGUUGUUCAAGUUCUGACUGAUUUAAAUCUGUUAAUUAGAAGAGCAUAUAUUUCUUCAGAUGGAGGAUGGUUUAUGGAUGUUUUUCAUGUUACUGAUCAAAAUGGGAACAAGCUCAGAGAAGAUGAUCUUGCUGAACGAAUUCAGCAGUCUUUAGGACCAAGGAGCCGUAGCUUCAGAUCAUUAAAAAGGUCGGUUGGUGUCCAGUCAGCAAUGGAACACACAACAAUCGAAUUAACCGGUAAAGACAGACCAGGAUUGCUUUCCGACAUCUUUGCAGUUCUUACAGACCACAAAUGUAACGUAGUGGCUGCUGAAGUCUGGACCCAUAAUUCAAGAAUGGCUUCAGUCCUCUACAUAACCGACGAGUUAGGCGGGUUCCCUAUCGACGAUCCCGAUCGACUCACCAACAUAAGGAGGCUUCUCCUUUCAGUCUUGAAAGGAGAUCGAGACAAAAGGGGUGCAAACACAUCAGUCUCGAUGGGUUCGACCCAUACUGGUCGAAGGCUGCACCAAAUGAUGUAUGCGGAUCGCGAUUACCAUAAUAAUGAUGUUCUGAUUGAAAGCAGCGGACCAAGUGAUAAGAGGAGGCCGGUUGUAACUGUGGAGAAUUGUCAUGAGAAGGAAUAUACAGUUAUCAGUUUGAGAUGCUGGGACAGGCCUAAGCUACUGUUUGAUACUGUCUUCACUUUGACUGACAUGCAGUAUGUGGUGUUUCAUGGAACUGUAAAUACUGAAGGACCAGAAGCUCAGCAGGAAUACUAUAUCAGGCACGUUGAUGGGUUCCCAAUCAGCUCUGAAGGAGAGAGGCAAAGGGUAAUUGACUGUUUGGAGGCUGCUAUAAAUAGGCGAACAACUGAGGGAAUAAGAUUGGAACUGUGCAGUGAAGACAGAGUUGGACUUCUGGCAGAUGUAACUCGAAUUUUCAGGGAGAACGGCCUGUCAGUCAUUCGGGCAGAGGUUACGACUCGAGGAUCCCAAGCUGUGAAUGUCUUCUACGUGACAGAUGCUUCUGGGCGUCCUGUUAAGAGCGAGACGAUAGAGAAUGUUCGCAAAGUAAUUGGCCUGACUGUGCUACGAGUGAAGGAUGAUAGCUGCUGCGGUGAUCAACCUCCUAAGGAAACCACCGCGAAAUUCUCCUUGGGGUCUCUUUUCAGGUCAAGAUCUGAGAAGUUACUUUACAAUCUUGGCUUGAUGAAGUCUUAUUCCUGAAAAUAACUGGAAGUGAAGCAAAACUUGUAGGGAUUUGGCCAAAUAUUAUGGUAUAUAGAGUUGUUUGAUGAAUGUUUUAUUCAUCAAGGGUUCUUCUAUGGAUUAAAUCAUUUUUUAUUUCAACUUUGUAAAUAUUUUAGUCUAUCAUUAUGGUUUAUUGAUUAUU